AAGGGUGGCACGACGGCGUGCGCAGGCGUGGUGGGUUACUGGUGGGGGGGGUCCACUCCCAGCUGGCCGUCAUGUCGGUGCAGGAGGACCCGGUGCAGCGCGAGAUCCACCAGGACUGGGCCAACCGCGAGUACAUCGAAGUGAUCACCAGCUCCAUCAAGAAGAUCGCCGACUUCCUCAAUUCCUUCGAUAUGUCCUGCCGCUCCCGCCUGGCCACGCUCAAUGAGAAGCUGACGGCGCUGGAGAGGCGCAUCGAAUACAUCGAGGCCCGGGUAACAAAAGGUGAAACGCUGACAUAGGUGUGCUGGAAGCUGGUGGGAAACCAGCAUGGAAAACAAAGUGCAGCUGCAUACAAAGCUGACGAUCAAACAUCAAGUUUCUUCAUUUCUUGAUAUGGAUGAGAGUUAUGCUUGUUUUUGCCCUUUGAGAAGCUGCAUCCCCCAUUUGGAGCCUGUGACUUUGCCUGGGUGAUUCCAGCUGAAACUGCUCAAUUGUACACAAGCAUGUUUAAUUAUGUGGUUUUAUACAAGUAUAUUCAUGCUGUUCAUGCCCUGUUGCCCCCAUUUGCUUGCAAAGCCCUCUUGCUUUGCACCAGCAGAAUCUGUAUGGAACCAAAUCUUAGUUUCUAGGAACACAAUUUCAUUUUUAUUUUUUUAAAGGAUAUAAAGGAAUCAGGAUGUUGGGACUGUGCGUGCUGGGCAGCUCUAGCGGCAGUUUCAGUAUACAUAAUCAGCAGCAUGUGGCUAGCUUGUGUUGCUGGAAGGUAUCAAGUGAACCAUUUUGCUGCAUAUGCCCAAUGGAAUAAAUGUGCAGUGUGUAUGUGGGAAGAGGGGUGGGAAGAAGAUCAUGUGCCAAGGGAGAAAUGGCUCAGUUUUCUAAGUAUUUUGUAUUCUCUGAUGUAACUUGGGGUGUCUUUUCCAUUUGUGUUUCAACAAUAAAACCACCUCUGUUUAA